AUGUCGAUAAAAUAUAACCCUAAUUUAUCAUCUUUCUUCUUCACUGCUUGCUUCUACGUACUAUUUCCGGCGACCAUGAUCUCCGAAGUUGAACUACCGCAGAAAGAGAAGAGAAAUUUGAGUUCUGAACCACCGUCGUUUUCAUCGCUCCCAGACGAAAUCAUAGAGAACAUUCUUGCACGUAUCUCUAAAUGGACUUACCCUAAUCUCUCUCUCGUCUCCAAAACAUUCCUCUCUCUUCUCUCUUCCCCGCAACUAUACAAGACGCGAUCUCACAUCGGAACCACCGAACCAUGCCUCUAUCUCUGCUUAAAACUGCGUUAUGAUUCAUCUCAUCCCCAAUGGUUUACUCUUUGGAUGAAACCUGAUGAAAACCUCACCAGUAACGGCGAGACUAUGCAUGACUAUUCGUUGAUUCCGCUACACUCUUCUUCCUAUUCUUCACCCGUACUAUAUAAGAAUUCCACCGUAUCUGUUGGUUCGGAAAUCUACGUAAUCGGUGGACUCCUCCAGGCUCCGUCUUCUUCUGUUCGGAUCCUUGAUUGUCGGAUUCACAUGUGGCGUGAUGGGCCUAACAUGACGGUAGCUCGAUCCGAGCCAACCACUGUUUACCUCGAUGAGAAAAUAUAUGUCAUAGGAGGUUGCAAGAAUGAUGAGUCUACCAAUUGGUUAGAGAUAUUCGACAUAAAGACUCAGUCUUGGAGAGCUUUGCCUGGUCCUGUUACUGAUCAAGAGUUACGUUGCAAAUAUAUUAAUGUCCCCGUUGCUUUUAAAGGAAAGCUUUACGUAGCGGCAGAGACAAAAGACUACACUUACGAGCCCAAAGAUGGUACAUGGAAUGUCGUAAGAGAGAAAUCGAUAUUCAAAGAUAUAAGACAUUGGUGUGUGAUAGAGGAUGUAAUGUACUCUUGCACUUACGUUGGGUCUUUAAUGUGGUAUGACUUUGAGGGUAGAGAGUGGAGAGAGAUCAAGGGUUUGAACGAAUUUAAUGUCGGCCUUACAUGGUAUUUAAAAAAGAGGUCUGUCCAUGGAAUAGUUAACUAUGGUGGGAAACUUGUAGUUAUAUGGAGGCAGUGGUAUAAUGAUGACGGCAAAGGAUGGAAUACUAAAGUUGAGUUCUCUAAGAUUGCAUUAGAGAAGCGCCAUAAAGAUGAGAUUUGGGGUAAGACGGAGUGGGUUAAUACUGUGCCUGAGAUCCCCAAGUCAUAUUACUCCUUAACUUGUGUAGGCGUGUAGCUGAAAUUUGGAAGUUAUAGGUAAUGUUGAGCGGGUUAAUGUUUCUCGCGAGUCAUAAAAAUUCGUUGCAUUGUCGUUCUUUUUAGCUUUGAACGUGUUAUAUAUGUUGUUCUUUUUACAUUGGUUAUUGUGCUUUUUUUCAUUUGAAGAAUUUGACUUGCAAGUGAAGUUAAUAUUAUAAUCUUUAACAAAAAAUAACUUAUCACUGGAAGAGUCUGAAUUGGAAUUGCAAGAAUGUAUUAUAUAGGACACUAGAUAGUCGUCUUUAAGAGAUAGCCUCUAUUUCUGCUUGGAAUAGUUAGGUAUGGUAUCUGGAGCAAGACAGUGAAGAAGGGAAAACUGAAAUUUGGUAUGCUAAGACUGCCUUAGAGAAGCAAAAUAAAGUGGUAUGCAUCAACAGAUUACAUUUGGGUAAGAUGAAGUGGGUUAAUUCUGUCCAUACAGUUCCCAGGUUGUGUUACUUCUGCUUCACUUGUCUGGCCGUUUCAAUUUGAUGAUUUGUAAAUGAUGGUAUAAACAACAUUAUGAAAUCAUCCCGUCUUUGUUCUUUGAAGCAACAUUUUGUU